UAACAUUAAUUUGUUUACAUUCUCCCGCCAGCACCGACUGUUGCCUCAGUGUUAAAGUAAUUCACGAUGGAAUAUACAAACCAAGGAAUAAAUCAUAAAUAAAAUGUAAAUAACAAAAUAUAAGUGGGAAGGACUGACAUCAUCCAGUAACAAGCUGUUGGUGAUGAUCUCCACGAGGCUCAACAUGCGAGUACACCGAAAUUUGUUGAGGUGUAUACCUCGACUUUACAUAGGAAAGAAUUUAAUAGCAGAUGGCCGUGGUUUACAUAGAUCACAUACUUGCCUAAAUGUUUCCAAGGAAUCUAAUGAAGCAGUAUCAGAUGUCCCCAACUUAGCUUCAUUUCCAUUGGACCGAAUAAGAAACUUUUCUAUAAUUGCCCAUGUUGAUCAUGGUAAAAGUACACUUGCAGAUCGUAUAUUGGAGUUAACAGGUGCAAUAAAAAAAAACACAGACAACAAACAGGUUCUGGAUAAGCUACAAGUGGAACGAGAACGAGGAAUCACAGUGAAAGCUCAGACUGCUUCAAUCUUUUAUGAAUAUAGUGGACAGAACUACUUGCUGAAUCUUAUAGAUACUCCAGGCCAUGUUGAUUUCACCUAUGAAGUAUCAAGAUCAUUGGCUGCUUGUCAAGGAGCCAUACUGUUAGUAGAUGCUAAUGAGGGUGUUCAGGCUCAGACUGUUGCUAAUUUUUAUUUAGCCUUCACUAAUGAAAUAGCAAUCAUACCAGUGCUAAAUAAGAUUGAUCUAAAAAAUGCUAAUCCUGCAAGAGUAAAGGAGCAACUGAUGAAUCUCUUUGAGAUUGAUCCAGAUGAGGUUCUCUUGGUAUCUGCUAAGUUGGGAAGUGGUGUAAUUGAUGUUAUAGAGGCUGUUAUUGAGGGAGUGCCAUCUCCAAAGGGGAAAUGUAGCAAAGAAGCUUCCCUCCGUGUCCUUCUCUUUGACUCUUGGUUUGACAAGUACAAGGGAGUUGUGUGCUUGAUAUUGGUGGUUGAUGGUACGUUAAAGAAAGGAGAUCAUGUCACAUCUUCACACUCGGGAAAGUCUUAUGAAGUUAAAGACUUGGGAAUUCUUACACCUCGGGAAACUACAGUGCCACAAUUGUUUACAGGACAGGUUGGAUAUUUCACAGCCAACAUACGGUCAGCAAAAGAGGCACAAGUUGGGGACACAUUCCAUCUUAAGGGUGCAGUGUGCAAACCCCUCCAAGGUUUCAAGGCAGCAAAACCUAUGGUUUUUGGUGGUGUGUACCCCAUGGAUCAGAGAGAUCAUCCAGCACUCAGAGCUGCCAUAGAGCGUCUUUGCUUGAAUGAUGGAAGUGUUUCUGUUAGUGUUGAAUCAAGUUCAGCUUUGGGUCAAGGUUGGAGACUUGGAUUUCUUGGCCUCCUUCACAUGGAUGUGUUUAACCAGCGGUUGGAACAAGAACAUGGUGCUCAAGUUAUUACUACAACACCUUCUGUUCCUUACAAGAUUAAAGUGCAUGGUACCCGAGUUAUACGGGAGUACGGUGGAGAAGAAAUAAUCAUCACUAACCCAUCGCUGUGGCCUGAUAAAAGUCAUAUUGCCGAGACAAGUGAACCAUUUGUCUUGGGUACUAUUAUCUCACCUGAUGCUUAUAUGGGUGCAAUUAUGGGACUGUGUCAGGGACGACGAGGAGUUCAACACAGCAUGAAAAAUUUGGAUCAUAGCAGAGUAGUCAUGCAGUAUAAACUACCAUUGAAUGAAAUUGUGGUUGACUUUUAUGACACUUUAAAGUCAUUGUCAUCAGGUUAUGCAACAUUUGACUAUGAAGAUUUGGGAUUUGAGCUGUCUCAUCUUGUAAAGCUUGAUAUUCUGCUGAAUGGUCACGUUAUACAAGAGUUGUCAACGAUUGUUCAUAUUUCUCAAGCCAGGACAAUGGGGAAACACAUCUGUGAGAAACUAAGGGAAACCUUACCCAAACAAUUGUUCCAGAUUGCAAUACAAGCUGCUGUUGGAGGAGAGAUCCUCGCACGAACCAAUAUAAAAGCCAUGCGGAAAGAUGUCCUCGCCAAAUGUUAUGGAGGCGAUAUAUCAAGAAAGAUGAAGCUGCUGAAACGUCAGGCCGAGGGGAAAAAGCGGAUGAAGAUGUAUGGUAAUAUUGAAAUACCGAGGGAAACAUUCAUUAACAUUUUAAAAAGAUAACCUAAGUUGUUCAGUUUGCAACAACCCUUCAAAAUGACAUUUGGAUAAGCUACUUU